AUGCCUAAGCAUGAUGCCGACUUCGAAGGAGAUUGGACUUUUCCGCUCGUCCUCCUUUCUGAGACGACUAACCAGGUUUGGACGGUGGUACGCACAACACAGACCUUUGAACUCCACACCAAGCCGAUUGACUAUGCCAUACUGACAAACCUCGUUGUCAUCGGUUGUUACCACCAGAUGGUGUUUCGCCUAGUCCAAGCAAAGCAGAUCCCCAAUCGAGUGGAGAAAAGCAAAGACGAUCGACGUACGGGAUCUGAUAGCACAGGGUCCACUAUCUUGGAGCUACCUUCGACUGGGGUUCGAUCAAAAGGGGAAGCCUUCACAGGGGAGAUGCUGCGAUAUCUGGCGGGGUUGAUCCAGGGUGGGCUGCGGCUUUCUCAUGAUGUUUCAGGCCACAUCGUCGGUAUCCGUGAGCAGCAGGACCUGCAGUAG